CACACACACAAACACACACCUUCAUCAUCGUCAUCAACCUGAGAACCCGCGGACCACGUCUCCUUCCGUAGUUACAGCGCGGACACCGCCGUCUCGUGCGCCGCGUGUGGACCGUGUUUUCUCGCGUAAACCGCGCUUCCUCAUGUGCGAAUCUAAACCAGAACUAACACCAGGACUAAACCAGGACUAACACCAGGACUAAACCACGACUAACCCAGGACUGAACCAGGUUUAAACUAGGACUAAACCACGACUAAACCAGAACUAAAGACCUGGUCUAGACCUGGUCUAAACCAGGUCUAAAAUCAGGAGUAAACCAGGUCUAAAAAUCAGGACUAAACCAGGACUAAACCAGGACUAAACCAGGUCUAAACAACAUGACACCUAACAGUAGGUUGACAUAAUUUAAGGUGAUCUCAUAUAAAAAAUAAUUUCUCUAUCAAUAAUAUUUUUUAAUAUGGUGAAGGAAAGGCUGAUCUUGUUACUGUCUUUUAACAGACAAAACCUCUUAUAUUAAGAUAUCGUGGUCUUUGUUUCUCUACAGCAAACAGUUGCUUAUUCAUGGAGACUUGGGCUCAGACAAUUUGAAGACAACAAACAAGAAUUUUCAGGAUGUGGUUGCUACAUUCAUGUCGUUUAAAAAAACAUGACAAUAUCAAGUAAUCCAAAGUAAUCAGAUUACGUUACUCACUUUAAGUAAUUUAAUGGAUUACGUUACAAACUACAUUUUGGGGUGUGUAAUCUGUAAUCUGUAGGGGAAUACAUUUUAAAAGUAACCUUCCCAACACUGACAACAAGGUAUGUUUUUGAUGAAGUAACAACAUUAUAACAAUGCUUAAAGCUCACAAGAGUCAAUUUUGUGUAAUUUAGGACUUUUAAAAACAGUUUAAUUGUUCAGUCUCAAAUUCAGUGUAUUUACUUUUGUACAGAUGCUUACGAUGCUUUUUCCAGCAAGCAACAAUAGACACAACAAUCAGGAGAAUGAAGAAAAGUCUGCCAGAGAGGAUGGAUGCAGCCAUGAGCAGCAGCAGGAGAACAAGGGAGCAGUCAGACUCAUCCCUGAAAGAAACUGGACUCGGCCUGAUCUGCCCAGUAAAUGCACCUGGCACUUAGGGGCCUCACUUUCUCAGUCUCCUCACUUUCUCUCACCGAGGACAAAGGCACCUAAAAUCUUGCCAAACAUUCUUUGGCAAAUUGGAGAUACUCCUUUGGUCCGCUUGAAUAGGAUCCCUAAAGACUAUGGACUUAAGUGUGAGCUCUUGGCCAAAUGUGAGUUCUUUAAUGCAGGUGGCAGCAUUAAAGAUCGGAUUGCAAUGAGGAUGGUAGAAGAUGCUGAGAAAUCUGGGAUCCUUAAACCUGGUGACACAAUCAUUGAACCAAGCUCUGGUAACACAGGUAUAGGCAUGGCACUUGUUGCAGCAGUAAAAGGUUAUCGCUGUAUUAUAACAAUGCCCCAGAAGAUGAGUAUGGAAAAGGUGAAUGCCCUAAAGGCACUUGGAGCUGAAAUUGUCCGCACACCAAAUUCUGCCUCAUUUGAUUCAGAAGAGUCUCAUAUCGGUGUGGCAUGGCGUCUGAAAAGUCAGAUUCCUAAUUCACACAUCCUUGACCAGUAUCGCAAUCCCAGCAACCCCCUGGCUCACUAUGAAAGCACAGCUGAGGAGAUACUGGCUCAGUGUGAUGGUCACAUUGAUAUGGUGGUGGCUGGUGCAGGCACAGGAGGCACGCUUACUGGUGUAGCUCGGAAAUUAAAAGAGCGUUGCCCCAAUGUUGUUGCUGUGGAUCCAGAGGGUUCUGUUCUGAUUGAAUCAAGAGAAAAAAAGCCCCACAAACCAUUUGAAGUUGAAGGCAUUGGAUACGACUUUAUUCCUACUGUGUUGGACAGAUCUAUUAUUGACUUAUGGUAUAAAGCCAGUGACAAAGAGACAUUUACUAUGGCACGCAAGCUUAUCAAGAAUGAAGGUCUUUUAUGUGGUGGCAGCAGUGGCUCUGCGAUGGCUGCUGCAGUGAAGAUGGCUCAGCAGCUUAAAGAGGGUCAGCGCUGUGUGGUCAUCUUAAGUGAUUCUGUCCGUAACUACAUGUCAAAGUUCCUCAGUGACCAGUGGAUGUGGGACAAAGACUUCCUCACACAAGAAGCUCCCGUGAAUGCUCGACCAUGGUGGUGGGACAUCACCGUCCAAAAUCUACCCCUGUCUGCCCCUGUGUCUGUGUCACUGUCAGUUUCCUGCCAAAAGACCAUUCAAGUCCUACAGGAGAGAGGGUUUGAUCAAGCCCCUGUUGUGGAAGACUCAGGCACCAUUUUGGGAGUGGUCACUUUACAGACCAUUCUUUCCUCUUUGGUGGCUGGUACUGUUCAACCUUCAGAUCACAUCAACAAAGUGCUCAGUACAAGUUUCAAACAGAUCCAUCUAAGAGACCAUCUGGGAAAACUGUCACACAUACUCCAGGCCAACCACUUUGCUCUUGUGAUCCAAGAUCAUAUUCUGUGUAACACCGAAGGCUUGUCUAGUCAGAAGCAGAAGAUUUUUGCGGUUGUGACAGCGAUGGACCUUAUUGACUACAUAACCACACGUGGUGCAGAAUUAUAAAUCCUGCUGGACUAACUUAACUGAGUCUCCUUUUUUUUUUUCUUCUUUUUUUCUUUUACAUAUAUGUAACUAUUUUCUCUAUUUUCUCAUGCUAAUUUGUGAACACUAUGUAGUUGAUGGCUUAGUAGUUUCUGCAUUAGAUUUAUUUUAGAUAGAACCCCAUGU